AAGCUUCUUUGAUCGCCAAGGGGGUUCAGGAGAAAUGGCAGACGAAGACAACUCCGAUAAGGAGCAAGAACAAGAGCCUGGUGAAAAACAGGACGGCUUGGCGGAGGAUGGAGAAAUAAAAACCGAUGAGGUUGACAAGGAAAAGGAAAAGGCAAAAUCCCAGGAAAGAUCUAGAGAACGAUCCCGGGAAAAGUCUCGUGAGAAGUCUCGGGAGAAGUCGCGUGAGAAGUCGAGAGACAAGUCCCGCGAGAAGUCGCGAGACAGAUCGCGUGAUCGGGAUCGAGGCCGAGACAGGGACAGAAGCCGCAGUCGUGGAAAAGACCGUGAAAGGAGGCGUGAAGAUCGAAAGGUCUUAGCUGUCUCCAACUUGAGUCGAAAUGUGAACGAAGAUCAUCUCAAGGAAAUUUUUGGCAACUACGGAAAGGUAAAGGAAGCAACCUUGGCGAUCGAUAAGACUGCAGGUCUCCCAAAAGGCUACGCGUAUGUUGAGUUCUACGAGGAGAGAGAUGCAGACAGGGCAAUCUCUCAUUUGAACACUGGACAAAUCGAUGGGAAUGUGAUCAGGGUGGAACAUCAAGCAGACCGUAAAAGAAGG